UCUCUCAGUACUGUUCUUCUUCUUACCCCUGCUGUAUCUACUUCAUUUCCUUCACUGCAAAUUCUGAUAAAACUCUUAGUCUACUCUCUUCUUUUUUAUCUUCCCCAUCCCUCUGUCUAUCCGUUAAUAUUUCUCGUUUUUUUCUCCUUUCUUUUUCUCUCUGCGGCAACUCCUUUUCUUUAAGGUAUGGAAAUUGACCCCUUAAAGUCUGCAGCAGAAGGUCAGAUGGAGAUGAUGAUGAUGACGAUGAUGCAGAUGGACAAGGUCUCCGAUUUCCUUGGGGCCUACAACGACCUCGCUCAUGAGUUACCCACCACCGACCUCCCAGGUGCAACUCCAACUAAUAACAGUAUCAAUAACAUGCUACAUUUUGCUGAUAAUCCUGAUCAUCCUGCUUCACCCACCAACUCCUUCCUAAACAUACCACACAGCGGGAUCCCAGUUGCAGGCGGUAGCCCAGUUCAAGACCCAUCUGCGCCUGCUUUCUUGAGCACCGGUAGGUGGAGAGAGACUGCCGGGGAUUUAUCCGGUGAGGAGAAUAAGCGGAAUUCAAUGGCGGCUAUGAGGGAGAUGAUAUUCCGGAUUGCAGCCAUGCAACCGAUUCAUAUAGACCCAGAGUCAGUGAAGCCACCAAAGAGGAGGAAUGUGAAGAUAUCAAAGGACCCUCAAAGUGUUGCAGCGAGGCACAGGCGGGAGAGGAUAAGCGAGAGGAUUAGGAUACUUCAAAGACUGGUGCCAGGAGGAACUAAAAUGGACACAGCUUCCAUGUUAGAUGAAGCAAUUCACUAUGUCAAGUUCUUGAAGACACAAGUGCAGUCGCUUGAGAGAGCUGCGGCUAAUAAUAGGUCUCCCCCUGGGAUUGGCUUUCCAGUUCCAAUCUCCAAUGCUGCUACCUAUGCUCCACUACAGCUGCGAAAACUCUGCCAACCUUCUCAACACUAUGGAGAUGCUUGAUUGAUUAGCUCAAAACCAU